UGUGCUCCCACAAAAAUAUAUCUACAAAGCAUUAGUUGUCCACCCGAUAGCCCAAACACCCCAAUCGCAAUGGCGAAGCAUUCUAUCCCCUUGGUCAUGGCAAUGGUUGCCGUCCUUCUCGCAGCCACAGCCACCACCCGGGCCGCGAGCCUUGUCCCAGCAGCCGACGACCGGAACUCAAGAAGCAUGCCAACCGCGUAUGAAAUGCUAGGGCGGUAUGGCUUCCCACCCGGCAUCCUCCCAGAGGGCGUGCAGGGCUAUGAGCUCCGGCCAGAUGGUUCCUUUGAGGUACACCUCCCUAGACACUGCAAAAUCCGCAUCGCCGGGCAGAACAUCCACUACAGCAGCCGGAUCGCCGGGAAGAUCCAGAACGGCUUGAUCAAGGGCCUUGAGGGCGUGAAGGUGAAGAUCUUUAUUCUGUUUAUCAGCGUUCGAGACGUCCGCCGCAACGGCAACGAGCUCAGGCUCCACGCCGGGAUUAUAGCCAAGUCAUUCUCGGCCAAUGAUUUCUCCUUCUCCCCACGGUGUAACUGAGGCUAGCCGUUCCCAUGAAUAAAUAGAUAUCCUCAAAAAAGUAUUGGCCGUGGGGAGAAGGAGAAAUCCUUGGCCUAGAAUGACUUGGGCUGAUUGACAAAUAG